AUGGGUGACCACUCGAAAGCACUUGAAUUUUUCGAAAAAGCACGUAAAAUAUUCGAAAAAGCUCUGCCUCCGAAUCAUCCCAAUUUGGCUGCUGUCUACAACAACAUCGGUCAAGUGUAUAACAACAUGGGUGACUACUCGAAAGCACUUGAAUUUUUCGAAAAAGCACAUAAAAUAAAAGAUAAAGCUCUGUCUCCAAGUCAUCCCGAUUUGGCUAUUUCCUACAACAACAUCGGUCAAGUGUAUUACAACAUGGGUGACUACUCGAAAGCACUUGAAUCUCACAAAAAAUCCCUUGAAGUAAGACACACAUCUCUAGCUGCAAAUCAUCCUGAUUUGUCUUAUCCAUACAACUGGUUUGGAAAGAUUUAUCGCAGUAUGAAAGAUUAUCCAAGAGCACUUGAGAAUUUCGAAAAGUGUCUCUCGAUAUUGAAAAAAGCAUUACCUGAAGGACAUCCUAAUCUAGCUAUUACACACAGUAAUAUUGGUGAUGUUCAUCGAUUAAUGGGAGAUUAUGAAAAGGCAUUGUUAUUUCAUCGAAAAGCAUUAAAUAUUCAAGAAAAUGUUCAAUGUAAUCCUCUCGAAUGUGCAUUAACGUAUAUCAAUUUAGGUGAAACUUAUCGAGAAAUGAAAGAUUAUACAACAGCAUUGACAUAUUUUCAAAAAGGAUUAGAAAUACGUCAGAAGAAAUUACCAAAAGAUCAUCCUGAUUUAGCUGUUGUAUAUCACAAUAUGGCAAAAUUAUAUUUAUCUACUCGACAAUAUAAUAUGGCAAUGAAAAAUAUUCAACAAACAAUAGAAAUUGCACAAGAAAAAUUACCUUCAACUCAUCCUCAUCUUUCAGACUAUAAAGAAACAUUUGAAAAAAUUCGAAAGAAAAUGUAA